AUGGUUCCUCAUGCUUACAACACUAGCACUGAGUUCAUCUUGGUGGGCCUCUCUGAUGACCACGAGACACAGAUUCUAUUGUUCAUAGUCAUCCUCCUCAUCUAUAUAUUUGCCCUUGUGGGGAAUGCAUGGAUCAUCCUGUUGGUACAGACCAACUCCCACCUUCAGACACCCAUGUAUUUCUUCCUGACACAGCUCUCAAUUGUGGAGAUUGUUUAUGUCAAUACUACCAUACCCCAGAUCCUUGCUCACCUUCUAGAGGGUCAUGCAGAAUUGUCCUUAACCCGUUGUGCCUUACAGAUGCACACAGCUUUGGCCCUGGCUGUUACUGAAUCUCUUCUGCUGGGUGUCAUGGCCUACGACCGUUACUUGGCCAUCUGCCAUCCCCUGACCUAUGCCACAGCCAUGGAAAGACAGCACCAGUUCCAGCUUGCCUCAACUUGUUGGAUAGCUAGUUUUCUCAUUGCUACAAUAUGUGUGAGCCUCACCUUCAGCCACCCCUUCUGUGGCCCUUGCUGCGUCCAACAUUUCAUCUGUGAGAUACCGAUGGUGCUGAGACUCGCGUGUGAUGAUACCUUUAUCACAGAGAUCAUCAUUUUUGCGUUUGCCGCGCUGGCCCUGUUAUGUCCUGCUUCCAUUAUCUUGACUUCCUACGGACUCAUUCUGGUGUCUUUGUUCCAAUUGAGUUCAGCUUCCAGAUUGCGCAAGGCCUUAUCUACGUGUGGGUCCCAUUUAGCCGUGGUCAUGAUGUUUUACGGCAUCGCCACUUUCGUCUAUCUCAAACCGCAAACAGGAGCCACUGCGGACAUUGACAAGCAGAUCGCUGUGUUUUACGUCGUGGUCACCCCACUUCUGAACCCCAUCAUCUACACUCUGAGAAACAAGGAUGUCCAUGAGGCGAUGGCAAAGAUGGUACGGACAUGGGGCUUUAAGCAGAAAGGACAUUAG